AUGGGAGAAUACUCCGACGACGAUCUCGACGAUCUCCCCGAGAGUGUCUUUCAGGAGCUCGAGAGCAAAGCCAUUGAAUUCACCCAAAGGCAGCAGCAGCUUCGCUCAACCCAAGCCAAAGAGCCACCCCACCAACCCACACGACCCCACACCACGCGGACCCUCGACGCCGACAUUCUCGACAACGACGACGACGAUGAAGAUGACUUGUUUAUACUAGAUGCCUCGGAAGCUGUCCGAAAUGCCCCGGCGGUCUCGCGAGGCCGCCGGUCGCUCAGCCGACCACCUUGCCGCAGAUUCACCGACCCGGUCACAUGGCAAGGCCCGGACACCCUAACCCCAAUACCAAUAACCAGCAAUGGAACCGAGCCGGAGGCGUCGCCGGCGCCCACGCCAAUUCCCCGCGCCUUUGCGCCCCUCCACCCGCUACGCUCCCUCCCAGACCCAGGCGCCGAUGGCCGCCCCCAGUCGGAUGCGGUUUCGGCGCUGCAGCUACGCGUUCGGAACUUGGAGAGGGAACUCAACAUGGCCAAGGGCGAAGCCGCCAUCCUCCGGUCCAACUCGACCAAGGCGCAGCAAGCCCAUGAUGCCGAGCUCGCCCGGCUUAAGAAGCAGGCGAAGGAGCACAUGGACAAGCAGGACCGGGCCAUGGAGAGGGCGCUCGAGGGUGAACGCCAGAAGGCGACCGAGCUGCAAUUCAUACAGAGGGAUAUGCACAUGCAGGAGGUGGCCAACCGCGCCAGGCGUAAGGAGACUGGCGCGACGGCCACCACUCCGAAGAAGACGACGAGGAGCUGGGGCGUGGCUGACGGCUUUGACGGCAUGGACCUAGUACCUAGCCCGAGUAAGUCUAAUAACGGGAGAGCGAAACAGGCUUCGGGCAUCCUAGCGCAGGGUGAAAGAACUCCUAGCAAGAAUAAGCGGAAACGCCCGACGGUAGAUAGCCCUGUCCCACCGCUCGAUACCACGACAACGGACGACGUUGUCAUGCUCCCGGAUAUAGUCGAAGUUCAAUCUACCUCGGGAUCACCGCCGACUUUUGACAACUUCUCCCGAUACUUCUUCCCCUCCGACCCGAACACGUCCUUCUCUUCCAUCAUCUUUCAAUCACUGCCGACCAAGACCGACCCAAGCAACCCCAUGAACAUCCUCACCGAAUUUUCCCUACUCAUCAUCGAUCUCUGGAACCGCUGUGUGGAAGAAGCCUUGUUCGGGCCCAUACGGGAGCUCGUCUCCCUCCUCUCGUUCACACUCCAGCUCCAUUCGGUGUCUAUCAUACCUCGGCUUCUUAAUAGGGUCCUCGCCAUCGCGCAGGCAACACUCUUCGUCCUGAUUGACCUACGCUCACAAGCGACAGAUAGGGAGGCAGAAACGCAAGAAGAAGAUGCUGAUUACCCCACGACAUCCAUCCUUGCCCUUCUUAGUUUAUUUGCUCUUGUCAGCGCAACAGGAAACGGGGACUACGACGGCGACGAUGACGAUGACGAGGCCUCAAGCUCCCGCGUUUCUUUUUGGAAGCUGUUUGCUCUAGAUAGCGUGUGUUUAGUGUUGGGGCCUAAGCAGCCUCUCUACGAUAUUGCAGGCAUGCUGGACCUGUUAACAACUUCAGUGCUUCCGGGCAGCAUUGGGCCUAUCGCGGUCGAUAAGGAUCCUCCCGUGGUGGCGGACAUCAUGCUGGACAAGCUCUCCAAGCUUCUCGUCCAUCUCCCCGUGGCGGCAAAAACGCCAGCCCAACGUCACGCCAUGAUGCGGCUCGUCCUGCAAACCAUGCUAUCUUUUACAGCGUCGGAGUUUGGCAUGCGGCAGAUUGCGCUCAACGAAAGCGCCGCGUUGAGGGUCAUCGUCGCCCUCUCCAAGGCCGUUGAUGAGCUCUACGACCAAAAUCUAACGGUGGACGCCUUGUCGCUUUCGAGUCUGCGGAUCCGCGACGCGCGGAGGGCAGAAAUUCUAGACCAGUCCUUUGAGGCGCCGGCAACGGGGAUGACGACGGCGCACAUCAUCCGACUCCAGGAAAAGUUUGAGACGUGGCGCUCGGACGGUCGUAGGUGCCUGACCAUGCUCUGCCGUCUCAACUUUGCCGAAGAUGAUCUCGUUCUCGAAGCUGGGAUUGACUCCGAGACGGCGGAGAGGGCGCACGAGUUGCUGGAAGUGCUGGUGACGCCGGAGAAGGGAAAGAACAUUGGAGAGGCGUUUGGGACCCCUGAUGAAUAA